AUGACGAACAAAACGGUCCUUCCUCCCAUAAACAGUCUUUUGGUGGAAAGCGAGGCGACAAGAUCGUAUUCUGAGCCUUGCUCCCCGUAUUUGGUACCCGGAAAGUUAAACUCUUUCAGAACCGACCAACAAGGCGUCAUCAAACUGCCACCGGUUUCUCUGCCCACGGUUCCGGCGAUCAUGGCAAUCAAAUCACUCGAAAUGGCCCCAACCGGGUACCCGGCGGGAUUUGAUCACAUCUCAGCGAAUGCCACACCGGGAUCAACGCCAAGAGGCGAUCUUAAAAGAGCCAAUUCCUGCAAUGCUUCUUUCGAAAUGUCACCAUCGGUGGCCCGGAAAACACCCUACAUCAGUAACAUGUUCCACAGCAGUUUGGCCGAAAAAUCCCGAAUUCUGCCGGCGACACCUUGCUCAGCGAGCAAGCAAUUCUCAAAGGACAGCAAACGUGCGUUUGCGUUCAUUUCGCAUUCCCAGGACACUUUCCCAGGUAAAGAACCCUCGAUCGACAACGCACCACUUGCGCGUCGUAAGCGAAGAAGAACGUCCAAGAACGAACUCAACAUUCUGCAGGCAGAAUUUUUGAUUUGUGCAACGCCAGACAAGCAAAAGAGAGUCGAGCUCUCAGAGCGUUGUAAUAUGUCGGAGAAGGCAAUUCAAAUAUGGUUUCAAAACAGGCGUCAGAGCGUCAAGCGCCAGCAAAAAGCUUCUUUGACUGAGAAUUCCGCCGAAACGACAAAUUCAGCGGCACUAAAUCCAUUGACUCCAGUAACGGUAAAGCCCUCAUCAUGUACUUCCAAGUCGGGUAGCGAAAGUCCCACAACUCCACCUUCUGCAAUUGAUGUUGCUUUCCAACGUGGUAACUCAAAUGCGACGGAACGACCAGAAAUGACCAUAUCUACUCCAACUAAGGACAAAACCUCACCCACAUCAACGCGAGGACAAGCUUUGACCUUUCGUCUGAAAAGCGACACUAAGAUUCUGACACCGAUUAGAACUUCCCCAAACAAUAGGGUGAAUAAAUUGAUAAACGGAAGGGUGAUGCCCAGAGGUGGUUCCAAAGAUCUUGAUAAAAUUCCACCUCCAGCAAAGCUACAGUUCAAGCCCUUUCAAAAGCAUGAGCGCGCUAUCCUCAAGGAGAUCGAUAUCAAUACGUUACGAGCAUAA